GCAGGAUGCUGAGACUGGUGUGAAUGGAGUUGCUGUCUCUGAAUGGUGAUGGAGAGGAAUUAACGGUAGAAAAUGAUGCAAUGAGCCACCUAUGUGUGUUGCAGAGAGAGGGUACACUGUGAUCGUUGCAGCGCGCCCCUGGUAAGGACCCUGUGGCGUGCGUCCGGCCAGCCCAGGCCACACCUUCCUCACCCAGGACAUGUACGGCAGUGCCCGAGCGGUUGGCCACAUCGAGAGCAGCCCUGCACGGUCCCCACGACUGCCUAGGUCCCCCAGGCUGGGCCACCGGAGGGCCAGUAGUGGGGGCGGGGGCAGUGGAGGGGGCAAGACGCUCUCUAUGGAGAACAUCCAGUCGCUGAACGCUGCCUACGCCACGUCCGGGCCCAUGUAUCUGAGCGACCACGAGGGAGUGGGCUCCACCGCCACCUACCCCAAGGGUACCAUGACACUGGGGCGUGCCUCCAACCGGGCCAUGUACGGGGGCCGUGUCACGGCCAUGGGCAGCAGCCCCAACAUCGCCACAGUGGGGCUGGGCCACCACGCUGACCUGCUGUCCUACAGCGACCUAGGCUCCCUGUCCAUGCUGCACCACCACCACCCCCACCAGGGGGUGCCUUCAGCCCUGCUGCGGCAGGCGGUGCGGGGUAGUGGGGGGGAGCUGCUGGAGAUGCAGGCCACACUCCGGGACAUGCAGCGGGAGAACGACCUGCUGAGGAGAGAGCUGGACCUGAAGGACAGCAAGCUGGGCUCGUCCACCAACAGCAUCAAGAGCUUCUGGAGCCCCGAGCUGAAGAAGGAGAGGAUGAUACGUAAGGAGGAGGCGGCGCGCACCUCCGUCCUCAAGGAGCAGAUGAGGGUGACUCACGAGGAGAACCAG